AUUAUGACGUCAUUUAUUUAUUAAUGCCGAGCAAGCGUUCUAUUCAAAUAUCAUUCCAUGGCACAAAAAUGGGUAUCAAUUAUGACAACGACAGUGGUAAAAGAGCGGCAUGUAUAUGCAUGUAGAAGAUCAAAACUGACGAGAAGCGAUUUAUGAGGGGAAAACUGUACGGAGGCAUGUCGUUCAAUGUCAAUUAUUCGAGGAUGUGUAUACGUUGCCAUGGAAUCUGUAUGUAUCACGAAUCAUUUUUAAUUGGUUCGCUGUUAUUACAAUGAAGCUAUCACCAUACCUUUACUCUGUGAAACCAGGAUCACAUAUAUCCAUAGAUAAAUGAAUGGUAUAGUGUACUUGGUCAUCGAUGAGGAUAUAACCGUAUACCUUCAUGCAUUGUUCAUGGACGCCAUAUCGGUCUAUAGUUUCUGAUGGUGUUUGUAACAUCAAUGGUAUAACUGAUUAUGGAUGCAGUGAAUAUGCCUACGCUGGGAGCAGCGAGAAAUACUAAUAAACAGGAGUCAGGCAGAAUAUUUCUUUGGGACUUCAUAGUUGCAGUCAUAUUAGCAUUCGAUCUAUUUUCUAACUGUAAAGCCCAAUGCUCAGAUUCUGGAAAAACCGUAGAGUUCUCAAGACCUCAUCAAAUAAAUUGGACAAACAAUCCUGAUUCAUAUUUCGGAGAUAGCCCAUGCUCGUGGAAUAUCACCAUACCGGGAGCAGGGUCAACAUGGCGAAUUCAAGUUAAAGUGCUUCAUAUUGAUUUACUUUGUUGCAACUGUGAAAGAGAAUAUUUAUUGAUAAAAGACGGUUCAGAAUCGUCUGCUAGACCCAUUGCUGUUUUGUGUGGUGGUCCUGAAGUUGAAAACCCAAACACCAUAACCAGCAGCGGGCCCGCCCUCUAUGCUGAGUUUCAGAUAUCAGCCGAUGAUAAGACGACUGGAUCCAAACGAUCGGGAUACGCACUAGAGUUCCAAUACUUUGAUUCGGCAGUAUCAUGUCCAGUUGGUUGGGCUAGCAGAAAUGAAUUUUGCUAUAAACUCUACCAUGAAUCAUUACCAUGGCAACAGGCGGCAUCACGAUGUGGAUAUGACGGAGGAUUCCUAACAUCUAUCUUUGAUCAGGAUGAAAAUGAUUUCCUUGUGGAAACCUUUAGGUCUGUGACGUCUUUAGUAUGGAUCGGAAUUUAUUCUGAUGAAAGCAAUCACUGGCUUGAUGGUUCGAGUUCACUUUAUUACACCAAUUUCAGAUCUAAAAGUUCAAAAGAUCUAGAUUCGGGUUGUUAUGUUCUUGAGCUUGGUGCAAGUGGAUUAUGGUCCAUUUCAGAUUGCCAACUUCAACAGAAGUUUAUAUGCAAGAAAUCUCAGGAUGGAUCCGGAGGAAGGUACUGGACCGAGGUUAUUUAUGGCCCUCAAACCAACCCAUCGAAACGUGAUCUUAAACCUGGCAUCGCUUGGGGACUUACAGUAGUCUUUUUCUUACUCGGAGUUUGCUUCUACGGCAAGCGGGAGAAUACUGUCUUUACUAUCAUGAUGGAAUGCUUGAAGAGUUUCUUUGAGUGCUGUGUAGACCGGGUAACAGAGUGCUUUACACCAUGCACGUUAUGUUUUCGACGAAUUCGACGUCGGCUUCGCUUCCAGGCUCGGACGACGCGAACGGUUCCCAGCCAUCAUAGGAGACACCACGAAGCGAUGUACAACCCUCCCACAUCACAGAUCAUUACGUCGCGAUCGACUUCAGUAGAAACGGACGAUCAUAUUACACACAGAGAACGCAUAACACCGCCGUCGCUGUCGUCCUCGCCGUCUAGCGAUGACGAAGACGUAACUUCGGAACCGACUGCACCCCCUUCCUACAUAAAUGCCAUGGAACCAAGAUUUGACAUUUCGUUCAUUGACCAUAGAACUUCACCCACGACAUCGAUGAACGACACAGUACCCACAUACGAGUAUGCAAUGGCCAGAACAGAAACUAAUGUUUAGAAAUCAAUUUCUUGGUGGAUUAUAAAGUGACUAGAACCACAGGUCUGACGUCGGCAUUCUUUUAUUUUUGUUUCAGUAAGCCCGAAGGUCACUUAGGGGAGUGGUGAGGGGCUUUGUAUCCCACAGGGAAAAACCAGUAAGACCAGUAUUUUUUUUUACUGGUUUCCAGUAUAUUUUUACUGGUUUCCAGUAUAUUUUUACUGGGCA